GGCGAUUUAUUUGUUUGAUUUCCAAUGUGCUGCUGCUAACACAAAAUGGAAAGAGAAGAGUGAAAAGGCGAAUAGCCAAAAUAAACAAAAAUAGCAAAAGAAGAAAGCUUUGGUUCAUUGUAACUGUAACUGACACACACGUUAAACAGAAAAGAAAGCUUUGUUCCAUUUUUGGCGGCAAAAUCUCAACGGUACGGUUGAAUUGAAGUCGUUGUUCUGUAGGCUCAUGGAGGAUACAUCAUCACACGGUCCAGCAACUUUCUGGAAUCAAGCUGAUGCUUUGCUUAGGAAGAACUUGACUUUUCAGAAACGAAAUGUUAAGACAAAUUGCCGGCUAAUUUUCUUUCCAUUUGUCCUCUGCGUCCUACUUGUGAUCACUCAAAAUUUGCUCGACAGAGAAUUGAACAAGCCUAGUAGGAAGUGUGGCUGUGUUGAUAUUGAUACAGAUGGAGAUGGGAGAUUGGAGAAAGUUUGUGGUUUGCAAUAUUCAACGCUGGAGCAAGUAGCCACUUGUGCAAUUCCAAGCCCCCCACAGUGGCCUCCCCUGUUACAAGUUCCAGCUCCUCACUACCGUGCCGUCAGUUCUGAUGUUAUUCCGUUUACAGACUUGCCAAAUGAUUCAUGCAGGAGCACAGGGUCAUGUCCCGUAACUGUACUUGUCACCGGAAAUAAUCAAUCACUAGGAGAAUCUUUGGCUGGCAAUAUGUUCCCAGGCGCUUUCACUUUAAAUUCUUCCAAUGUUGUGGAUAUUGUAGCCAACAGUGUAUUGGGUUCAGAUACAGAACCAGAACGAGAUAAUUUUCUUGAUCCAGCGUUCCUUGAGGCUUCUCCUCUGUAUAGUGUUCAGCGUCAAUGCACAUCAAACUCCACAUUCUCUGUUUCUGUUCAGUCAGUCAUUGAGUUUCAGAAAGAGGUAGCUUGUGUUCAAGGUCUAAACUUGUGGCGCAAUAGUUCUUCUGAGGUGAAUGAAGAACUCUACAAAGGAUAUCGUAGAGGGAAUUUAGAAGGGAAGAUCAAUGAGAUACUUUCAGCCUAUGAUUUCUUAAACUCCAACGGGAAUAAUUUUAAUGUGAGCAUAUGGUACAAUUCAACCUACAGGGACGGCGAGAUUCAAGGUCAAUUUAAUUUUGUUCGGGUUCCACGUGCAGUGAAUCUGGUGUCAAAUGCCUUCCUUCAGUUCUUCCAGGGUCCUGGUACAAAAAUGUUACUCGAGUUUGUCAAAGAAAUGCCUAAAGCUGCCAGCAAGAUCAAUGUGGAUCUUGCAUCUCUGCUUGGCACACUCUUCUUUUCAUGGGUUAUUCUACAGCUAUUCCCUGUGGUGCUGACAUCAUUGGUGUAUGAGAAACAGCAAAAACUGAGGAUCAUGAUGAAGAUGCAUGGACUUGGUGAUGGGCCUUAUUGGAUGAUUUCUUAUGCAUAUUUUCUUUCCAUAUCUUUGCUGUACGUGUUGGUUUUUGUGAUAUUUGGCUCAGUAAUAGGAUUAAAAUUCUUCAGACUGAAUGACUACAGCAUACAGUUUGUGUUUUAUUUCAUUUAUAUAAACCUGCAAAUUACCUUCGCCUUUCUAGUUGCUGCAUUGUUUUCAAAUGUCAAGACUGCUACAGUUGUAGCGUACAUAUGUGUUUUUGGAACUGGCCUCUUAGGUGGCUUUCUUUUCCAGAAUUUUCUUGAAGAUUCAUCAUUUCCAAGAGGCUGGAUCAUUGUGUUGGAGUUAUACCCUGGUUUUACACUAUAUCGUGGGUUAUAUGAGUUCUCAGAGUAUGCUUUCACAGGGAAUGCAAUGGGGACUGAUGGGAUGCGGUGGGGAGAUUUGAGUGAUGGAAAAAAUGGAAUGAAAGAUGUCUUAAUUAUCAUGACUAUUGAGUGGUUAGUGGGACUUUUUGUUGCAUUUUAUAUCGAUCAAGUUUCAUCAUCAGGAAGUAGCAAAAGUCCUUUGUUUUUCUUGCAAAACUUUCGGAAGAAACGCCCAAUAUCUUUUCGAAGGCCUAGUUUGCGAAGGCAGGGAUCUAAAGUUUUUGUUGAUAUGGAUAAACCUGACGUCACUCAGGAGAGGGAGAAGGUGGAGCAGUUACUGCUCGAGCCCAACACAACGCAUGCAAUUGUUUGUGACAACCUAAAAAAGGUGUACCCAGGAAGGGAUGGAAACCCUGAGAAACUGGCAGUAAGAGGAUUAUCUCUUGCUUUGCCUCCAGGAGAGUGCUUUGGUAUGCUUGGUCCUAAUGGUGCAGGGAAGACUUCUUUUAUUAGUAUGAUGAUUGGUCUCACAAAGCCAACCUCGGGGGCAGCAUAUGUCCAGGGUUUGGACAUACAGACUCAUAUGGAUUGGAUUUAUACCAGUAUGGGCGUAUGCCCUCAGCAUGACCUGCUUUGGGAGACUCUAACAGGAAGGGAGCACUUACUAUUUUAUGGCAGACUUAAGAACUUAAGAGGUCCUGCCUUGACGCAAGCCGUGGAAGAAUCUCUCAGGAGUGUCAACCUGUUUAACGGUGGGGUUGCAGAUAAACAAGCUGGGAAAUAUAGUGGAGGUAUGAAGAGGAGGCUUAGUGUUGCGAUAUCACUGAUUGGGGAUCCCAAAGUUGUCUAUAUGGACGAACCUAGUACUGGACUAGAUCCAGCUUCAAGAAGCAAUUUAUGGAAUGUAGUGAAGCGUGCAAAGCAAGGCCGUGCAAUUAUUCUCACGACACAUUCAAUGGAAGAGGCAGAUGCCUUGUGUGAUCGAUUAGGAGUCUUCGUUGAUGGCAGUUUGCAGUGCAUAGGAAACCCAAAGGAGCUGAAGGCUAGAUAUGGGGGUUCUUAUGUGUUUACAAUGACAACCUCUGCGGAGAGUGAGCAAGAGGUUGUGAACAUGGUGCAGCAACUCUCCCCUAAUGCGAUAAGGACGUAUCAAACUUCUGGAACCCAGAAAUUUGAGAUGCCGAAACAGGAGGUCAGAAUUGCAGACGUAUUUCACGCAGUUGAGACUGUUAAAAGCAGAUUCCCAGUUUUCGCUUGGGGUCUGUCCGAUACCACCUUGGAGGAUGUCUUCAUCAAGGUGGCUAAUGAGGCGCAGCCAUUCUCAGUACUUUCAUGAGUCAUGAUACAGUUGGACUUGGACAGAAUUAGGAAUUGAGCUUUUAAUCUCUUACACUUACAAGGCACAUGCACGCAGGCAACCACUAGGCUACUGGCGCACACGCACUGAAUGAUCAGAUAUUCUUGUAAAGCCCAAAUAUGUGUAUACAUCCCAUAUGAAUGUUAUAGUUAUUGUAUCUGUAUCUGUAUUAAGGUGCCUAAACAUUAUUUCUUUUAAGUAUAAAAUCAAUUUCUUUUUGUUUUGUAA